UGAAUGCACGUCCGUUAACGUUCAGUAGUCAAGAUUUAAGCGCUGAGUAGGUUCGUGUGUAAUUAAUAAAGCACUCGGUCUCAGUGUAAUUGUGAUAAAGACAGGAGUAUGAAAUGGGUUUGACCAACUCCGACCUGUCGAAAAUACCAAACGCGGAGGAUUUAAUGCGAGAAACUGGUUUCACUCGUGCACACCUUGUUCGUCUGUAUGAACGCUACGAAUCUCUGGACAAAGAAGGCAAGGGUCAUCUUAAUGUACAGGACUUUGAAGCCAUAAAGGAGCUGGCCAUGAAUCCUAUAUGUGACAGGAUAAUAGGGGCCUUUUUCUCUUCAGGACAGGAAACACUGGACUUCUCGUCAUUCGUGAGGAUCUUGGCACAUUUUCGCCCCGUUGACAAGAACCGAUCCAAAGAGCCCAACACGCCUGACCCCAUUAACAGCAGAAUCAACAAACUGAAAUUUGCUUUUCAGUUGUAUGAUCAGGACAAGGACGGCAAGAUUUCUAGACAAGAGCUCUUGCAGGUUCUUCAGGCCAUGCUGGAGAGCCAGGUAACACAAGAACAGCUGGAAUGCAUUGUAGACCGCACUAUUCAAGAGGCUGACCUGGACAACGACGAUGCCAUAUCUUUUGAAGAGUUUCGGAAGUCUCUGGAAAAGGUCGACAUCGACCACAAGAUGAGCAUCCGCUUCCUGCGUUAAAACAUGACGACAAGCCAUCAACAAGCACAGACAUACAUUUUUUUUUAUGCCUACUGAUAAAACUAGGAGGAGUCUGCGCAAGUUAAUGGUGUUUGGUGAAAUAUGGACAUUAAUCUGUGUAACAUUUUGGCAUAAGCAGUAUUGAUGCGUGACCUGUGAUUUCAUCUCGUUUGGCCUUAUUGUGACUAUGCAUGAUUUUUAUAUUUUUGU